UAGGUACAACAUGAAUGAAUGAAAAUCAUAAAAUCUGAAAUGUCGCCUGGAAUAUAUCAGCUGUUUGUGAAAUUUUCUUUUUUGUCUAAUUAAUUUCAUUGUAGAAGAUGAUUUAAUAGAAUUUUCCACAUAAAUAAAACAUUCUCCUAACUAUUUUGUGUUCAAAAUAUCUGUGCUUUAAAUUGUAAUCGUCACUCGGCGUGCCGAAACCAAGUCAAAAUACCUCCGGCUUCAGCAACACAGGGAUCCUCUCUCCGCACAGAUAAUUGGCGGCGGGAGAUGGUGGCGGGCGAUGCGGGCGAAAUGUUCGCGCUGCUGGAGGGCGGCGUGGCGCAUGCGCGAGCCGCGUUCGAGGCGUUCGUGCAGCUGUACGGCGCCGUGCGAGAGCCCUGGCUCACCAAGGCCCUGGUCCUGUACCACGCGCGGACGGGCUCUGCGCGAGUCGUAGACUUGCUAGCACGAGCGCCCGACCAGCACGUCAAGUAUUUGUUGGACGCGCUGUAUGAUAUGUUCAAAGCUGAGCGCAAUCCGCGCCAAAAUAUCAGCCAGGCCCUGGCUCUGCUGGCGCCGCUGGUGGCGCGUCGUCCGCCGUGGAUGCACCGGCUCACCAACCACGCUGUGCUGAAGGAGGUGCUGCGCGUGGCGCGCGCGGAGCGCGAGCCGCUGCCGCUGUUGCACGCGCUGCUGACGCUGGCCGCGCUGCUGCCGUCCGCGCCCAACCUGGCGGCGCCGCUGUGCCCCGAGAUCACCGAGGCGCUGCUGCGGCCGGGCGCCCUCGAGCCGCCGCCGCCCGGCGCCACGCGCGCGCACCUGCAGCUGGCGCAGCUGGCGCUGUUCCACGCCAUGUACGCGACGCACCCCUGCACGCUGGUGGAGACGCUGCGCCACGAGCUGAGCGGGGUGCUGGCGCGCGCAGCGUGGGAGCGCGACGUGGCGCCGCUGCUGUCGUCGGUGCGGCUGCACCCGGGGCUCGUCACGGGCUCGCGGCUGCGGGAGGCGGAGCACGGCCGCUGGGCCCGGGUGGAGCCCCAUGACGUCCUGGCUGAAGCCAGGAGACUUUCGGUGCAUACAUGUUCCCCGGGCGUGGAGGAGGGCCCGGCGCCGGCAACCCCCACGCCGGAGCCGACGCUGAGCACGAGCGGCACCCCCGCGCCCUCGCAAGGAUCCACCGAGUACCAAUCGCGAGCGGCCAACUCGCUCAGACCAGGAGGAGAGGGCUGGUUCAUGUUGGCCGAGCGCUGCGGCGCGGAGUCGGCGCCGGCGACGCCGCUGCCGGCCGAGCCCGAGCCGGAGCCCGAGGCGGCGGUGGAGGCUACGCCCGAGAACACGCCCGCACGUGACGCCCGCGCCGCCUUCAGAUUUCCCACAGACUCCACCACGGUGCGCGCGAUCGGGCGGCGGGAGUCGCCGCCGGGCGCGGAGGCGCUGUCGGCGCGGCUGGCGCGCGUGGCCCGCGACCGCCGCGCUGCCGACUCCCCUGUGGCCUUCGGCCGCGCCCCGCCGCCCUCCGCGCCGCGCCCGGAGCCCCAGCACCAGCGCCCGCACCUCGACACCACCGAGGACCAAGAGGUGUUCGAGCUGACGGAGCGCGCGGCGGUGGCGGAGCACCCGUGGGCGGAGAGUGCGCCGCCGCCGCGCGUGCGCGACCCGCGGCGCGCGCGCGCGCAGCCGGCGCCCCGCGCCCCCAGCGCCCCCGGCGCCCCACGGACGCCCCCGCGCCGCGCCGCCUCCUGCGUCGCCCGCCUGCCGCCGCUCCGCACCACCUCCGUCGCCGUGCAGACCGUCGACACCUGGCCGCAGCCCUACGAGUUCAUCAUCGCGGACUUCUACAGGAACCUGCACGGGGAUUAUAGGACACACAUAAACGGUGAGGAAUCGUUGUCGUCGUUCCCGUGCGAGCGACUGGACCUGUACCUGUCGCAGCUGUACGCGGGGCUGCGAGCGUCGGGCGCGGAGCUGGGGGAGCAGCUGUCGCUGGCGCACGCGGCGCUCAUGUACGAGCGCUGGCGCCGCGACUCGCACGCGGAGAGGAACCGCCGGCUGCUCGGCCGAGUGCGGCAGGUGCGCGCCCUGGAGCUGCAGAACGCCGCGCUGAAGGAGCGCGCGCGCGCGGCCGUGCGCGAGCGCGACAGCGCGCUGGCGCGACGUGCAGUGUCGCCGUCCGUCCCUCCCCCGCCCGCCUCGUCCCCCGGCGCGCGCGAGCGCGAGCUGGAGCAGCAGCUGGCGGACGAGCGCGCCGCGCGCAUGCGCGCCGAGGCCGCGCUGCACGAGAGCGAGACGGCGCGCGCACGCGACGCGGCGGAGCUGCAGCGCGCGCGGGCGCUGGAGCAGGACGCGGCGCGACAGCUGGGGGCGCUGCUGAGGGGCGCGCGGGGCGCUGAGCAGCGGGCGGACGCGGCGCGGCGGCUGCGGCGCGAGCUGCUGCUGCUGGCCGAGCGCGAGCGGCGGCUGGCGGCGGCUCUGAGCGCCGCGCGCCGGCCCGCCGCCGACCCCGCCGCCGCGCAGCAGCUGCGCGCCGCGCUCGUCCGCGCCGAGGCCGAGCUCGAAGCUGUCGGUCUGCGCGCGGAGCAGGCGUCGGCGCGCGCGGCGGAGCUGGAGGCGGCGGCGGGCGCGCGCGACGCGGCGCUGGCGGAGCUGCGGCGCGCCGCGCGGCUGGCGGCCGACCAGCACGACGCGCAGCUGCGCGCGCUGCACGACAAGUACGCGGGCGCGCGCGCGCUGCUGCGCGGCGCGGAGCUGCACCGGCUGCAGCAGCGCGCGGACGCCGAGCGGCGGCGCGCGGGGCCCGUGUGCGCGCCCGCCGAGGCCGAGCCCGAGAGCUAACCUACUUCGUGCGGCGGCGACCCUUUGUGACCGGCGCACGCUUUGGGUUCCGCUCCCCUCGACCUGUGCCGCUGGGAUUCUGAUUUACGCCGAUAGAAUUAUUUCAUUUUCUCUGUGCUAAGUUUUUAAAUAAAAUGACCCUUUUGGUGUAAAUCAAAUUCUCGACGAUGUAGCUUAACUCUCGACCUUUUCCGCCGUUUAGAGUUUUAAAACAAAUAAUUCAUGAAAAUGUGUUUUUUUUUCGUAAAACGACAUUUUACAAGUGAUGUUGGUUUAGCGGUUGUCUGUAGACGCGAGUCCCCCGCGGUCGGCGCAAAGGCUGUAUUUGACUGAUGCUGGCUGCUGUACAUUAUGCUUUAAGCUUCGAGUAGGAAAAAAUAUUUUUUCAUUUAUUAUUAAGAGUAAACCGCUACGAUUUUAAUGACUGAUCAUAUUUUAUAUUAUAGAAUAACGCCGGGUUUAACAUUUGCUGGUAAACUUCGUUACAAAUAGAACGGCUGUACACAUUGCAAAAAUAGCUUUAAACUUGCUGAAUUCAUAUUUUUCAAUUUCAGAACUAUAUAGGUACAUAAAGUAUUAUCAUACGCUAGAAGUAAUUGUUAUAAAGCAUGAGACAGCACGAGCACGUCGUGCGCGGCUCAUAAAAGUUGCUCUAGUUUGUAUUAGGAAGUUCACUAAUAUUUUUGCAAUGUUUUAAGUUCAGAAAAAAAUAGCCAGCAAAUGAUGAGCCCGGCCGAGCUUGUUUCACUUGCGAGCUUCUCGUCGCCUAUGUGUUAUUGCGAAUACGAUAUUUGUAAAUGUAUAUAUUACCGACUAUGUAAGGGUAAGCACUAUUCAUAAAUAAAUAAUGUAGCUAAGUGUUUAUUAUAAUCUAGUAUUAUAUCGUUUGUAUAAAUGGUUAAAUGAUUGAAAAUUAGUUUUGGUUGUUUAGGCCUGCUAUCGUGUCUGUCCGAAAAGUGAGUUUAUUAAAAACACAUUUGCUUAUUUAAGUUCAAACGACGGGUAUCACCACAAUUACCACAUGAUUUCUACUUAGACGAGAUAUGCCUGUGUGCCAACCACAGAAAUAAAAUAUCGUGCCAUGAUGUCGCUUCACUUAUUUUAAAUCUACGCUUGAUAUUGCACGCAGCAUGGCGAGGUGUUUUAUUUCUCUGGGCCUCACAAUAUAUUGUUCUAUGAUAGCUCUAAUGCGAGGACACCUCCGAAACUGUUUUCGUGUUAUCUGACCAAUGCGGGCUGUGUUUCCACUGCGGACGACGAACAGGACUCGUGUGCGUGGGCAGGGUAGUGUUGGUCGCUGUCCUCCUCGCGUCGCAGCUCUCGACUACCUCAUACAUCUGUGGUGGAAAAUCAGCAUUUAGUUAAAUAAACGACUUGACUACACAUGGUACGUGUUAUGGAAUGUAACUGCGCGUAAUUUGCAUUCGUCAAUCACUGGUGGCGAGUGGGGAGAGGUAACACAGGGUCUUGCCCAGCGCUGGGACUGGACAGCCGCCGUGAUCACGUGAUUGACACAGUUUCUUAGUUGAAUUUAAUCUGUACUGUACAUAAUAUAUGUAAUAAAUAACUUUGUUACACUGUGA